AUGGUGAGCCCGAGGCGGCCGAUCCCCGCGGGGACCCGGCGGGCGGCCUCGCUGCUCCGCGCCAGCCUCCUGCUGCUGCUGCUGCUGCUGCUGCUGCGGGGCACCGAGGCGCAGAAAGGUGAUGGGUGUGGACACACCGUGCUGGGCCCUGAGAGCGGGACCCUGGCCUCCAUAAACUAUCCCCGGACCUCUCCCAAUAGCACUGUUUGCGAGUGGGAAAUCCGUGUGAAGCCUGGGCAGCGAGUUCAGCUCAAGUUUGGUGAUUUUGAUAUUGAUGACUCAGAUUCCUGUCAUUCCAGUUACCUGAGAGUUCAUAAUGGCAUUGGCCCCAACAGGACAGAGAUAGGAAAAUACUGUGGGUUUGGCUUUCAAAUGGAUGGUUUAAUUACUUCAAAAAGUAAUGAAGUCACAGUACAGUUCAUGAGUGGAAUUCACACUUCUGGACGUGGAUUUCUUGCAUCUUAUUCAACCACUGACAAAUCAGACUUAAUUACCUGUUUAGACAAUGCAAGUCACUUUUCCGAACCAGAAUUCAAUAAGUAUUGUCCAGCUGGAUGUGUGAUUCCUUUUGCUGAUAUUUCAGGCACUAUUCCUCAUGGAUACAGAGAUUCAUCAUCACUUUGUAUGGCUGGUGUUCAUGCAGGCGUCGUGUCAAAUACUCUGGGUGGUCAAAUUAAUGUUGUAAUCAGCAAGGGCAUUCCAUACUACGAAGGCUCCUUGGCUAACAAUGUCACCUCAAAAGUGGGACCCUUAUCUACAAGUCUCUUCACCUUUAAGACAAGUGGUUGCUAUGGGACACUGGGGAUGGAAUCUGGGGUGAUUCCUGAUUCCCACAUCACAUCAUCAUCUAUUCUUGAGUGGCCUAACGAAACAGGACAAGUAAACAUUUGGAAACCUGAAAAUGCCAGACUAAAAAGGAUUGGACCUCCUUGGGCUGCUUUUAUCAGUGAUGAACAUCAGUGGUUGCAGAUUGACUUGAAUAAAGAAAAGAAAAUAACAGGUAUUAUAACUACUGGAUCGACUUUAGCGGAGCACUACUAUUAUGUCUCAGCCUACAGAAUUUUAUACAGUGAUGAUGCACAGAAGUGGACAGUGUACAGAGAACCUGGCACGGGUAAAGAUAAGAUAUUUCAAGGGAAUACUGAAUUGUACCAGGAAGUUCGCAAUAAUUUCAUUCCACCUAUUAUUGCACGUUUUUUUAGGAUUAACCCCUUAAAAUGGCACCAGAAAAUUGCAAUGAAAGUAGAGUUGCUAGGAUGUCAGUUUAGUAUAGGUCGUGCUCCUAAAAUCACCUUGCCACCACCACCACCUCAGAACAAGAAUGACGAGAAGAAUGCUGACUUCGUGGAUGACUUCAUUCAUUCAGUGAAGACUUCACUGCAGACAGAUAAAACAACUUUCACACCUGAAAUAAAAAACACUACAGUGACUCCAAGUGUAACCAAAGAUGUGGCAUUGGCAGCAGUUCUGGUUCCAGUGUUGGUGAUGGUCUUCACUACUCUGAUUCUUAUCUUAGUUUGUGCGUGGCAUUGGAGAAACCGCAAGAAAAAAACUGAGGGCACAUAUGAUCUACCUUACUGGGAUCGUGCAGGAUGGUGGAAAGGGAUGAAGCAGUUUUUCCCGACCAAAUCAGCAGAACAUGAAGAAACUCCUGUACGCUACAGCAGCAGUGAAAUCAGUCACCUAAGACCAAGAGAAGUCCCAACAAUGUUGCAAACAGAGUCUGCAGAAUAUGCUCAGCCCCUGGUAGGGGGAAUUGUGGGCACGCUUCACCAGAGAUCAACCUUCAAACCAGAGGAAGGAAAGGAAGCCAGUUACGCUGACUUGGACCCUUACAAUUCCCCCAUCCAAGAAGUUUACCACGCCUAUGCCGAGCCACUGCCUGUAACCGUACCCGAGUACGCGACUCCGAUAAUCAUGGACAUGUCCAGCCAUCCCAGCACACCUCUUGGUGCUCCUUCCAUUUCCACCUUCAAAGCUGCAGGGAAUCAAGCUCCUCCACUGGUUGGAACAUGCAAUAAACUGUUAUCCAGGACAGACAGUGCAUCCUCAGCACAGGCACUGUACGAUAUACCAAAGGGGCAGCCGGGACCGGGCAGUGCCGACCAGCUCAUGUACCAGGUGCCGCAGAGCGUGGCCCAUCCCACUGUGAGUAAGGAUGAACAAAGUUAGCUCAUGAGUAAGGUACAAUGAUGGCUUGUUUCUAAAAGCCAGUUCCAUAAAGCUCACAGUUUCACUUUUUAAAUUCCAUUGUGUUGGUAUUGUUAGUCUUAAAUAAUACAACAUUGAACCAAAAGAUGUGGUAUGGAAGGUCUGGGAAAACAGUAAUUCUGCUUUUCCUUAGCUGUAUGUACAAUUAGCAGCUUGUCUCCUGCAAAGCCGUGGACUUUUUUAUUACUACUGUACAAUUGUCUGUCAGACAUGAGAGAAGAACUCUUCAUGAUCAGCUCCAGUAAUUCAUAGAUGUGAGUGAUAAAUUGGGAGAAACAGUUUAAGUACAGAAACCAGUUAUUUCUUCCUAAUGGUACUGUUUCUUGGGGAAAAACCCCCACCUCAAUACCCAAAGCUCUUAAUUUCUGUGCAAGCACUACAGCUUCUAAAAUUCCUAUUUUCCUUGUAAAAUGUCUGCACAACUUUGGGCUUAACAAUCUGCUAUCAGGACUGAUGGCAAAAAUCCCUUUAGCUUCAUGGCAUAAAGUAGUUUUGAUUCUGAAUUACAUUAUUUCAGCCUUUGUUAACAGAAUUGGGAAUUUUCAGCUGUGUGUUCCUCAGAAGGUUCCUGCCUUUUUGGUUAGGUUAGCCUUCCAAAACCAGAAGCUGCUGUCUCUACAAUCUCUUUUCUGCCUCUUUUCCUUAAGCCACUCAGUCUUCUUUGUUCCUAGGGAUCCAGGAGGCACAGAUUGACACAAGCACCUGGAAACUGCUUUUACAUUUUACCCUGUACUGUAAGGGCCACUUGAAUAGCAUCUGCCUCCAAGUCAGUGGAGCAUUUCCUUGAUGCUCAGUGCAAGGAGUAUCCAAGUCUUGCAGAUGACUUGAAUUGAGAAAGGCCCUGCCCUCACCCAGAGUGUCCAUUAUUCUGUGUUCAGGUGUGAGCUUAUACAAAAAAAGAUCUGUACAUACUUUUGUGAGUGCUUAAGUAAGCACACAGAUAUUCUAAUGGUGCACAGUUUGUGUUAGAUAUGCAUUUAGCACAUACGGUACGUUUUAGCACAACUGCCAAAUUUAGCCUUAGGGCUUUUUUUAUGAUUGUUCUUACUAGAAGCAUGAAAGAUUCCAAAACCUUUGCAAAAGAACCAGUACUAUUCCAAAGAGUGUCCAUUUCAGACAUAUUUAUUGGAGUUUGUAUCCUUUGAAUGUUCCAGUGUUCUGUACUAUGAAAACAUUGCAGUCAGUCAUUUACUGGGAUAGUGUAGACUCAUUUUAGCCAGGUAAUCACAAAAUGAAAGCAGUCUGAAUGGCAUAUUUUACCUUGUUAGAAAAAGAAAGCACACCUUUCUUACCUAGGUAGGAGAAAACCCCACUAUAAAAAUGCUGUAUUUUUAUUCUAACAGCACUUGGAAGGAUGCUGAAUCAAUUCAUACGUGUGGGACCCCCUCCCUACACAGUAGCCCAGUUUUAUGGACUUCAGGGGUUACUUGUGAGUUGUUUGUGAUGCAAUUCAAAGCCUUGUUUACUGCCCAGGUCCUUAAGCACCAUGGAAAAGGUCUGAACAGAAACCACAGAGCUGUUCAAGGGGCUGCCGCCAUGCCUUAACGCCAGUACAGCAUCCUCACUUACCGCUUGAAAAUCUGUUUGCACAGGGGCUGUAUAUAAACUCUGCAGUCAAAAAUCACUUGUGGCCUGUUCAGCAUCUAAAAUAUGAUAUUAUGUAGAAUCAUAGAAUGGCUGGGGUUGGAAGGGACCUUAAAAAUCACCGACUUCUAAUCCCCUGCCAUGGGCA